AAUGAUUUUCUUUCUUCUGUUUUUUUUGUUGUUGUUGUUUUUUUCCAGAGAGUAAUGCACAUCUAGAGAACAAAGAGAAGGGAGAGAGUAACGCAGCGAAUGUACCUUGAUCCAUGAAGCACACUAAGGGUAAACGAUGGGAGAAAGGAACUACACUUUGCUGGCAGUAACGUGGACUCAAGGUCAGCUGUCACAGAACCCACAGUCGCCUCACAUGGCAAGCUAUGACAUCACAUUGGAUUACGACAUUCCCGUGGACCAGAUUCCGGACACGACUCAGGGAAGAGCCUUUUUCAUCUCUACCAUCAUCAUCGCCAUCGUUCUGGUGUGCAUCAUGCUCGUCUGUGGCAUCGGGAACUGCGUCUUCAUCGUCACGUUAAUGCGUUACAAAAAACUCCGCAAUAUCACCAACCUGCUCAUCGCAAACCUAGCGGUGUCGGACUUCCUGGUGGCAGUCGUGUGCUGCCCGUUCCUGGUGGAUUACUAUGUCGUUAAGCAACUCUCCUGGGACCAUGGGAUAUUCCUGUGCAUUUCGAUCAACUACCUGCGGACAGUGUCUCUCUACGUGUCCACCAACGCCUUGCUGGCCAUUGCUGUGGACAGAUACAUGGCCAUCGUGCAUCCUCUGAAGCCAAGAAUGAAGUACCAGACGGCCUACUGGCUCAUCUUCGGAGUCUGGAUCUUCCCGGUCCUCAUCUCCGUCCCAUCGGCCUACUUCGCCACGGAGCACGAGUACCCUCAGGGCGCUGUCGCGCACGGCAGCAAGAUCUUCUGCGCCCAGAUCUGGUCAGCAGACCAGCAGCUUCUCUACCGCUCUUACUUUGUGUUCAUUCUGGUCGUGGAGUUUGUAGGACCCGUGGCCGUCAUGUCAUCGUGCUAUGCUCGGAUCUCACGUGAACUCUGGUUCAAGAACUUUCCAGGGUUUCCGACCGAGCAGCUCGAGCGGCGUUUGCAGCGUAGGCGACGCACCGUCGUCGCUCUGAUUUCCGUCCUCGUGGCUUACGUGCUUUGCUGGGCGCCGUAUUACGGCUUUGCGCUCCUGCGGGAUUUCUACCCGUCAGUGAUUACGCGAGAGCGCAAUUCGCUGGUCGCGUUCUACAUCAUCGAAUGCAUCGCCAUGAGCAACGGGGUCAUCAACACGCUGUGCUUCGUGAGCGUGAGGAACAAUGCUGCGAAGUGUCUCAAGAAGGCCAGACGUGCGCAGUGGCACGUCGUGUCAAGGAACGCCGCCGUCGCUGGUGUGAAGAUGGUGGUCGAGGGCGAUAUGAGGACCUCUUCGCUCAAAGUGACGGAGGAAGUGGAAUGUACACGAAUAAGAUGAAGAGAUGAAAGAUCUGGAGGAGGAGGACGAGGACAGAGCUCCCGGUGGGACCCGAUCAAAUGAACUCCUUAACAUUAAACAAGAGAAAAUUCACAUAAGGCUACUCAAAGAUCGGAUACCUCCGUCUUGAGAUAGAUCAUAAAUAAACGAAUAAAUACAGGAUCUACACUUUAAAAAAUGCUUUCUUUUUUAUAAACCUGGGUUUUGUCCGCAAUUGUUCGACAUCCACGAAAGCAGAGUAUUUCCAGUGGUCAGAACGAACGCAAGUAAAACUUACCUCCCAGGAAAUUCAACUCACUGAAGGGGAAAGGACACCAGACGUGAGAAAAACGCACAUUUGCGUCUGGUAGCGGUUACUUUGGCUUUGUGUGACUUCUGAAGCAUUCGACUUUCCUCGGAAGCAAGAAGUCGGAUCAUUUUUGACCUACAAAAAGUGUGUGUGUGUGUGUGUGUGUGUGUGUGUACUUCUUUGGUUAGCAACAAGCUAGCCGGCUAACUGUUAUGACUGAUGUACACCUACCGCUUCAAAACCGUGAACUGUAACCUCAGCGUUAUAGCGUUAAUACGCUAAUAUGUCCGUACGUUGUUCCCGAAUGGGAAUUCCGAGUAAAGGGGGCGCUUUCUUGGAGAUCAGAAACGAUGAGGUUUCACUUUGUGAACCAAAAGAAAAUUCAGGGGGAAAAAAAUCUUUCUUGUUUUGUUUUUUUUCCCCUCUCUCUGUUUGCUAGGAUGUUCAAAAUCAUUCGCUACCGCAUUCUGCAGUAUUUUAUAGUUUAUACCGGUAGUAGGAUUUUAGUUUAUAUUGA